CGCGCUUGCCACGUGACCCGGCGUUUGGCGCGAAAAGCUGAAGCUGGAAGAUGGGGACCAUGGCGGACGAGCCGGCUCUGAGGGAGGCGCAGCGGGAGUACCUGGACUUCCUGGACGACGAGCAAGAUCAGGGGAUUUAUCAGAGCAAGGUGAGCGAUAUGAUCAAUCAAAACUUGUACCGACUGAUUGUCAACAUUAAUGAUCUUCGCAGAAAGAACGAGAAAAGAGCUCAUCAGCUACUGAACAACUCUUUCGAGGAGCUUUUGGCCUUUCAGCGUGCUUUGAAGGACUUUGUUGCUUCCAUCGAUGCCACCUAUGCCAAACAGUUUGAGGACUUCUACAUUGGCCUGGAAGGCAGCUUUGGCUCCAAGCAUGUCAGUCCACGUACCUUGACCUCGCGUUUCCUCAGCAACAUUGUCUGUGUGGAGGGGAUUGUGGUCAAAUGUUCGCUGGUACGUCCGAAAGUUGUUCGAAGUGUCCACUAUUGUCCUGCCACAAAGAAAACCAUUGAACGCAAGUACACGGACAUGACUUCUCUGGAAGCUUUCCCUUCCAGUGCCGUCUACCCAACAAAGGAUGAAGAGAAUAAUCCCCUGGAGACGGAGUUUGGACUGUCUUCGUACAAAGACCACCAGACCAUCACCAUUCAGGAGAUGCCAGAGAAAGCUCCCGCUGGUCAGCUGCCUCGCUCCGUCGACAUCAUUCUGGACAACGAUCUGGUGGAUGUGGUUAAGCCGGGUGACCGGGUGCAGGUGGUGGGUACCUACCGCUGCCUGCCGGGCAAGAAGAAUGGCUACACCUCCGGCACGUUCAGGACGAUUCUGAUUGCGUGCCAUGUCAAGAUGAUGAGUAAGGAGGUGUCUCCCAUGUUCUCCGCAGACGAUGUGGCCAAAAUCAAGAAAUUCAGCAAAUCGCGUUCAAAGGACAUCUUUGAUCAGCUGGCCAGGUCCCUGGCUCCCAGUAUUCACGGACACGACUACAUCAAGAAAGCCAUUCUCUGUCUGCUGCUGGGGGGCUCCGAGAAACACCUGGAGAACGGCAGCCGGAUUCGGGGCGACAUCAACAUCCUUUUAAUAGGCGACCCGUCAGUGGCUAAAUCGCAGCUCCUGCGUUAUGUGCUAUUCAGUGCACCACGUGCAAUUCCAACCACCGGCCGAGGUUCCACCGGGGUGGGUUUAACUGCGGCAGUGACCACUGACCAGGAAACCGGAGAGCGACGCCUGGAGGCUGGUGCCAUGGUUUUAGCUGACCGAGGUGUCGUCUGUAUUGAUGAAUUUGACAAGAUGUCUGACCUGGAUCGUACUGCUAUCCACGAGGUGAUGGAGCAAGGUCGUGUGACCAUCGCGAAGGCUGGCAUCCAUGCCAGGCUCAAUGCCAGGUGCAGCGUGUUGGCUGCGGCCAAUCCUGUCUACGGAAAGUAUAACCAGUAUAAAACUCCGAUGGAGAACAUUGGCCUGCAGGAUUCACUGCUGUCCCGUUUUGACCUGCUUUUCAUCAUGCUGGACCAGAUGGACCCGGAGCAGGACCGCGCGGUCUCUGAACACGUGCUGCGAAUGCACAGGUACAGAGCCGCAGGCGAGCAAGAUGGUGACGCUUUGCCAUUGGGCAGUGCUGUAGACGCCCUGGCGACAGAGGACCCGGAUACUUUGCAGGAUGAGGAACAGGAGCUUCAGGUUUAUGAAAAGCAUGACAACCUUCUUCAUGGAGCCAGGAGACGAAAAGAGAAGAUCGUCAGCAUGGAGUUCAUGCGCAAAUAUAUCCAUGUUGCGAAGAUUGUCAAACCUGUGCUCACUGCAGAAGCAGCCAACUACAUUGCGGAGGAGUACUCCAGCCUGCGCAGCCAGGACCAGAUGAGUUCCGAUGUGGCUCGGACUUCACCGGUCACUGCCCGCACCCUGGAGACCUUGAUCAGAUUGUCUACUGCGCACGCAAAAGCUCGCAUGAGCAAAUCCAUCGACCUCCAAGAUGCUGAAGCCGCUGUUGAACUGGUUCAGUAUGCUUACUUCAAGAAGGUUUUGGAGAGACAGAAGAAACCACGCAAAGAUGAGAGUGACGUGGAGACGGAGGAAGAGGAGGCGACCCAGGAUGACAGCGACAGCAAGAAGAGAAGGAAGCCGCAGUCGAAAGGUGGUGAAGGCAGGAAGAGGAGACGGGAGCUGGGCGAGGGUGAGCAGUACGACCCCUACGACUUCAGUGACGUUGAGGAGAUUCCAGACACCCAGCCACGCACUCCAAAGACCCCUGAUGCAGGUGAGCGGAUGGAACUCGGUGAUGGAGCCACUGAAACUGUGCUCAGUGAAGAAAGGUUGAAGGCGUUCAAAGCUGCCCUGUUAGAUGCAUUCAAGGCUGUACAUGCACAGUCCCUUGGAAUGCAAACCCUGAUGGCUUCAAUCAACAAAGGAAACGAGGUCCCAUUUUCCGAGGAGGAGGUGCAGGCUGCCGUUGACAAGAUGCAGGAAGACAACCAGAUUAUGGUGUCAGAUCAGAUCAUCUUCCUGAUCUGAAGUAGUCAAUUUCAACAUGCGCCUUCUGUGCAUCAGACAGAUAUAAAAGCACAGUGGGGUGUGACUAAAGGACAUGCUGACUGCUUAAAUAUUGACCUAUUUUUUAUAGAAGUUAGUUUUUCCUACCCUGUUGCACUUCAAGAUCUUGAUCUCCAUGUUGGUGUCCAGUAAAUGUGUCCCCUGUGGUCUGCAGGGAGGGGAAGAUUUCCAUUGGUUCAAGGAGGAAAACUUUUUUUAUAUAUGCACAACCUAAUUUUUUCAGGGUUGCACUGCUGCAUAUUGCCUGUGUCUGUCAUGAAGAUUUGAGUUUGAGGGAUUUCAGAUUACACCUGCUGCCCGUCAGUACCCUGGGAAGUGUGGGUGGAGGGGACAUAAUUAGCAUGCUAUGACACUGGAAGGGGUGGUCUACUGUUUUGAAAAGUAGGGAAAUUAUUCUUGGCCCAUCAUUCCUACUGGGACAUCGUCUGCCAACAGAAGCUGACCAGAGUCCUCUGUCCUGGGUCAGUCUGUCAAGUUAUCCCUGGCUGUAACCCAUCCACAAAGACCCUCCCUCUCCCAGGGGUGUGGUCUUUGGAGCUCCUGUUGGCAUUCUUGUAGCUCUGGGAUUUUAACGUGAUUGAGUUGCUUGCCCAUGCCCCAACCCCCUUCCUUUUGCAGCUGGGCUUUAGGCUGCCUGUGGCAGAGGUGGGUAGGGAAUUGGAAGGGUUAAGCUCAGGAUAUACAUCUCUACGAGUCCAAGAGGUUGUCGAAUUGUUGAAAGGGCUAAGUCAUCAAAAUAGCUCAUCAACCCUGCUUAAAGGCUUCCUUCCGAAGAUCCUCUAGGGGAGGUGUUGCAUGUUUCUUGCCUUGCUCCUGAGAUAGUUUUAAAUUCUGAUAGUUCUGGCAUGGUUGCUCCUUUGCUCCUCAGUGUCCCACUAAUUCAUGGCCCCUUUGAGUAUCAAGUGCUACAUCAACCAGUGACCAACGGGUGAAUGUCAAGGUUCAGUGGAGCAGUCCAGUGUGGCCCUUUGAGGUGGGUUUGGGCUCUACUGACAACUGUUUGAAGUUUACAGCAGGCUCUUUUGAACUUCAGUGCGGUUAGUCCUGACAUUGCAGGAGUGUCAUUGCUGGUCGAGUUUCUGACUUCAGUGACCUUUUGAAGGCGCAUGAUCUUGCUCGUGUUAGGCAGUGCUUGGGUCCUCCCUUGUUGACCACCUCCUGGAAUAACCGGUUUCCACAGAAAGGGGUAGCCAGCUGCAAAGUUGUAUCAUGCUGAAAUUGUGUUACUGCUUGUGAAAAGGAUUUUUGUAAUAAAAUUGAAUUUGUUUACUCAUUAAGCGCACUCUUUCCACCAAAGAAACCCUUGUCUUCAGUUUCGAUAUGAGCCGUUCAGACUGAGAUGAAGCUAGACGUGAGAAUGUCGAACAAGAAGCAUUUUAUUUUCCAAUACCAAGCAUGCAUCUGACCUUGUUUUUUGUUCUACUUUCUAUAUUCUGCUUGCGUUAUGUUAAUCGGUAUUAGCUUGGUCUUCACUUCUUCUGUAUUGUGUGGUUUCUGAUGCAGAGUUUUCAAGUUGCAGGUUCUGUACUGAAGUCAUACUCAUUGUAGACACGGGUACCAAUGAGGAAUAGAGGCUGAGAUUUUCCACCAGUUUGAAGGAGAAAAAGGUCAGCCUGGUUUACUGUAUCAUAGUUCAUACCUGCUUUCUAAAUCAUGCUAAUUUUCCUGAUAAGACGUGUCACAAUCUCUUCAGUUUCUUACAUCCCCACUACCAGCUUCAGCUAUCACAUGUACAGCAUGCCAGUAUGAACAUUUAUUUCCAAACAAGACCAUACGAUAACAGAGCAAAUUAGGCCAUUCGGCCCAUUGUGUGUUCUCCACUAUUCUAUCAUGGCUGAUUUUAGUAUCCCUCUUAUCCCCAUUCUCCUGACUUCUCCCCAUAACCUUUGACACCCCGACGAAUCAAGAACCUAUCAACCUCCAAUUUAAAUAUACCCAAUGACUUGGCCUCUACAAUAGCAAUGAAUUCCAGAUUCACUACCCACUGGCUAAAGAAAUUCCUCCUCAUCUGUUCCGAAGGGAUGUCCUUGUAUUCUGAAGCAGUGCCCUCUGAUUCAAGACUCACUAUCGGAAACAUCCUCUUCACAUCCACUCUGUCUAGUCUUUUCAACCUGUACUUUGAGAACAUUACGCUACAGGCCCUUUGGCCACAAUGUUCAAAGUAAAAUUAUCAUCAAAGUAUAUAUGUCACCUUAUACAACCCUAGAUUAUUUACUUGCUGGCAUACUUAAUAAAUCCAUAAUAGAAUAAUAACCAUAACAGAAUUGCUGAAAAACCACACCAACUUUGCAUUCAUCCAGUGUGCAAAAGGCAAACUGCAAAUAGGCAAUGAUUAUUGAGAAGCACAAAAUGCUCCGGGAGUUCAGCAGGUCAGGCAGCAUCUAGGAAAAGUACAGUCGAUGUUUCGGGCUGAAACCCUUUGGCAGGGGUGCGUUUCGUCCCAAAACGUCGACUGACCUGUUUUCCAUAGAUGCUGCCUGGCCUGCUGAGUUCCUCCAGCAUUUUGUGUGUGUUGCUUGGAUCUCCAGCAGCUGCAGAUUCUCUCUUAUUUGUGAAUGAAUAUUGAAACAUGAGUAGAGUCCUUAAAAGUGAGUCCCUAGGUUGUGGGAACACUUCAGUGAUGGGGUGAAUGACCUCUUUGGUUCAAGAGGUCUGGUUGAGGGGAAAUACAAUCAUAAACCCGGUGAUGAGGCUUCUGCACCACCUUCCUGAUGGCAGCGAGAAGAGAGCGUGUCCUGGGUGGUGGUCCCUGAUGGGUGCUGCUUUUCUGUGACAGUGCUCCGUGUAGACGUGCUCAGUGGUGGGCAAGGGUUAACCCAAGUUGGACUGGGCCUUAUCCACUGCUUUUUGUAGGGUUUUCUGGUUAAGGGCAUCGGUGUUUCCAUACCAGGCUAUGAUAAUCAUCAUCAUCAGGUGCCUUGCCCAGUUUGAGCUUUGACUGCCAUGGCCCACACACUCCUGUUUCGGGUCAAGUGGAUCGAUUCAUUGGUGUUCAUUUCCAGUUCUCCAGCUGCUGUCUCCAACAUCAUUUGUCUUUGCCUUCCUCUUGCUUUCUUCCCUUCAAUCUUUCCCAUAAUUACCGUGCAUUCUAACUCCUUUUUCCUAAUCACCUGUCCGAUGAAGUCACAUUGCCUUUUCAUGAUCUCAGACAUUAUUUCUGUUUUUGUGCUUGCUGUGUUCAUGACAUCCUCGUUGGAUAUUCGUUUUGUCCAUGAUAUUCUUUGCAUCCUCCUUAAAAACCACAUCUCUGCUGCUUCAAUUUGUGUCCUCAUGUGACUAGAUAUUGUCCAACAUUCUGAGCCAUAUAACAUAACUGAAUAAACGUAACAUUUCAGUACUCUGAGGCGGGUUGUCAUGCCUAGUUUAGUGUUGGUCAGUAUACUCUUCAUUCUCGUAAAGGUGUCUUUUGCCAUCCCUAUUCUUUUGAUGUCCAUGUCGCACCUGCCAUCUGAUGUCACCCAGCUUCCUAAAUAGCAAAAGUGCUGUACAGUCAGUCCUCCUUAUCCAUGGGGGAUUGGUUCCGAGAUCCCCUGCUGAUACCAAAAAUCACGGAUGCUCAAGUCCCUUAUUUAACCUGGCUCAGUGCGGUGGUCUUUGGGACCCAGCGGAGCCCCGGACUUUAUUUAACAUGCUCAGUGCAGUGGACAUUAGGACCUGGUGGUGCAGCUCUGAAUCCGCAGUGUUUCUGUUCACGAAAAUUAUCACGAUUGAAAAUAAGGUGGAAGUAAUAAAGCGAUCGGAAAGAGGUGAAACGCCAUCGGUCAUUGGAAAAGCGUUAGGCUACAGUCGGUCAACAAUCGGAACAAUUUUAAUGGAGCAUGUGAAAGGCCCUGCCCCGAUGAAAGCUACAAUUAUCACUAAGCAACGCAAUGGUUUAAUUAUUGAAAUACGUAUUUUUCUUAAGUGUUUUAUAUGCGUAGAAAGGUAAGAUAUGUACUAUAUACUAAGAAAAACGUUUGACUAACUGACGCUAAAUAAUACCAGAUGUAACUGUUCUGACUUAGACAGACUCAGGAAUGGAACUCAUUCAUAACCUGGGGACUGCCUGUACUUUAAAGUCAUUUCUAGAUUACUUAUAAUACCUAAUACAAUGUAAAUGCUAUGUAAAUAGUUGGUAUACUGUAUUGUUUAUGGAAUAAUGACAAGAAAAAAUAGUCUCUACAUGCUCAUAAUGAGUGCUGGAGAGAGAAUUUCCGGGUUUUCCCGAUUCGCGGUUGGUGGAAUCCGUGCAUGCGGAAUCCGCAGAUAAGGAAGGCCGACUGUACUUGUUUUAUGUCUUCCCUGUUUAUUCUCAGCCUGCAGAUAGGAUUCUCCUUUUUGGAUAUCACAUACAUUCUGUCUUUUUGCAAUUGAUGGAUCGACCCAUUUUUGAACUUUCUUCAACAACGGUAUCAAUUAAGUUUUGUAGUUCUUCCUCCGUACUUGCAAUUAACACAGUGUCAUCCGCAUUUCUGAAAUUAUUGAUGUUACACCGCCAACUUUGAUUCCCAAGAUGUCUCUUUUUUUUGUAAUAUUGUUUCACUGUACACAUUAAACAAAUCAGGGGGGAAAACA